AUGCGUCGUGUUGUCGUGACGGGUCUUGGGGCGGUGACACCGCUGGGUGUUGGCAUUCGGCACACCUGGAGACGCCUGUUGGAUGGCCACUGCGGUAUCGUUAAUGUGAACCAUCGCGAUCCGCGUUUCACCGAGGUGCCGUGUCAAAUCGCCGCCGUGGUGCCGCCAGGUACGCGGCGGGAUGGCGGCUGGAAUGCUUCUGAAUGGCUGAGUCGAAGUGAGGAGCGCAAGAUGGCCCUGUUUGCGCAGUAUGCCAUGGCAGCCACGGAGGAGGCGCUUGAAGAUGCUGACUGGAAACCCGAGCCUUUUGAGCGGAGGGAAGCUACGGGCGUCUGUCUUGGAUCUGGCAUUGGUAACUUCGACGAGAUCUAUGACACGGUGGUUGCGUAUGAAAAAGGCGGCUACAAAAAGGUGAACCCGCUGUUUGUUCCGAAGCUACUAAUUAAUCUCGGGGCUGGUCACAUCUCCAUGAAAUAUGGGUUUAUGGGUCCAAACCAUUCGGCAACAACAGCUUGUACCACUGGCGCGCACUCCGUCGGCGACGCGGCUAGAUUCAUUGCAUGUGGCGACGCGGACGUCAUGGUUGCUGGUGGUGCCGAGUCCUGUAUUCAUCCACUGGCUAUCGGUGGCUUUGCUCGUGCCAGGAGCCUGGCAACUGACUUUAACGAUGCCCCAGAGAAAGCAUCGCGGCCUUUUGAUGCUGAUCGCGGGGGCUUCGUAGUCGGAGAAGGGGCCGCCGUCAUGGUUCUCGAGGACUUGGAACAUGCUUUGAGUCGAGGUGCGCAGAUCUAUGCCGAAGUCAAGGGAUAUGGCUGCUCCAGCGAUGCACACCACAUGACGGCGCCCAAAGACAACGGCGAAGGUGCCUAUAUGGCCAUGAAAAAAGCACUGAAGCAAGCUCAGUUGCCUCCCGCAGCAGUUGACUAUGUCAAUGCCCAUGCGACCUCGACUAUUGUGGGCGAUGCUGCAGAAAAUGCUGCCAUCAAGUCACUUUUGCUAGGUCCCGAUGGCAAACAGAAGCCGGCAGAUAUCAAUGUCAGUAGCACUAAGGGUGCUCUGGGUCAUCUGCUCGGUGGCGCCGGCGCCAUCGAGGCAUUGUUCAGCAUCCUGGCCAUUCACGAGAAUACGAUGCCCCCCACGAUUAAUCUGAACCGUCUGGCCAAUGGAUUUGACUGCAACUAUGCGCCAAACCAGCCUCAGUCGAGACAGAUCAAUGUGGCUCUGACCAACAGCUUUGGAUUCGGGGGAACUAAUAGAUCGGGCAGUCUGGUCGAUGCAUCGGGGUACAAGUUUACGGAGAAGGAUACCAAGCCCGGCAAGAUCAAGGUGAAGAAGGCGUCGAAGGCGUCGGCCAAGAAGAAAGCAGACGACACUAAAGAUGGACCGGUCGAUACCUCCCCCACGUCCUCGCCUCUCCCGUCGCUCGACAGUAAGAUUGUGGCGACGUUUCCGACCGGUAAGCCGCGCGAGGAGGAUCUGCUUGAGUCGGUCAUCUGCAAGCACUGCAAGCGGCCCGUACUGAAGCAGGCGGCGCCGGAACAUAUUCGCGGCUGCUUGAAGGCCAAGCAGGAGAAGGCGCGCAAGAAGAAAGAGGCCCGCGACGCGGCCAAUCGCGCGAAGGCCGGUGACGGCAAGGACGGCGAUGAUGAUGCUCCCCGCGCCACACUCGAUGGUGCAGGUGAUGACGCGAUGAAGGGCCAGAAGAGCGCCAAGAAGAGCGCCGUCAAUGGCACCGACGAUGGCACCAAGAAGGGCAAGAAGCGCAAGGCCGAUGAGGAGGACAAGGAGCCUAAGAAAAAGAAGAAGAAAGACGAGCCCAAGUCCAAGGCGGCUAAGCCUAAGGGCCCCGUCGAUGUUGAGAAACAGUGCGGUGUCACCCUGCCCAAUGGCGCACAGUGCGCUCGCUCCUUGACAUGCAAGAGUCAUUCCAUGGGUGCCAAGCGUAGUGUUCCUGGCCGGUCGUUGCCGUAUGAUAUGCUGCUUCAGCAGUAUCAGAAGAAGAACCAGGCUCGCCAGCAGAAGGCUGCUAUCGAUGCCAAUGCCCCAUUACAGGAAGAUCUCGAGAACAAUGGCCCGGUCGACUCGGACGAGGAGAGAGAUACCGUCAUGGCUGCGAUUGCCCGCUCUGCGCCGCAGCCCUUGGUUGAGCACCCCCUGAUCACCAGCAAGUCCAAGUACCGCUACGUUCGGAUCAAGGAACAGAUGCUGCACGCCAUGGGUGGCCGGGGUGGCGGAGGCCUGUUUUCCACCGACGACAGCCAGCCGCUGUUUGGCGGCAAUAUCUUCCAACCUGUCGAUGCCAGUGCAACUUCGUCGUCGCCUGUGGUUUCCCAUGCCGAACCCGGCGAUCCCACUGCAGUGACUUCCGCCGGGGCCAUGGAUCCAACCAAGAAAACACCAGUACAGGGUGUCCGCAAGACCCUGGCUGCCGCCUCGUGA